GGGCCGUGGCGCCCCCCGCCCGCCUUUGCAGGGGCCGGGGAGAAGCGUUUCCGGCGCCGCGGCUGUGACGUGUGCGGUCGGCGCCGGGCUGUCCGGCGGGCGGGCGGUGGGAGAUGGCGGAGUAUCUGGCCUCCAUCUUCGGAACAGAGAAGGACAAAGUCAACUGUUCGUUUUAUUUCAAAAUCGGAGCUUGCCGUCAUGGAGACAGAUGUUCUCGGUUGCACAACAAACCAACAUUUAGCCAGACCAUUGCCCUCUUGAACAUUUACCGUAACCCUCAAAACUCUUCCCAGUCUGCUGACGGUUUGCGCUGUGCUGUGAGCGAUGUUGAGAUGCAGGAGCAUUAUGAUGAGUUCUUUGAGGAGGUCUUCACAGAAAUGGAAGAAAAAUACGGUGAAGUUGAGGAGAUGAAUGUUUGUGAUAACCUUGGAGAUCAUCUAGUUGGAAAUGUAUACGUAAAGUUUCGCCGUGAAGAAGAUGCAGAAAAGGCUGUGAUUGACCUGAACAAUCGCUGGUUUAAUGGACAGCCCAUUCAUGCUGAGCUUUCACCUGUGACCGAUUUCAGAGAGGCCUGCUGCCGUCAAUAUGAAAUGGGAGAGUGUACACGAGGAGGUUUCUGCAACUUCAUGCAUUUGAAGCCCAUUUCUCGAGAGUUAAGACGUGAGUUGUACGGGCGUCGUCGUAAAAAGCAUAGAUCCAGGUCGAGGUCCCGUGAACGUCGGUCUAGAUCCAGAGAUCGUGGUCGUGGAGGUGGUGGUGGUGGAGGAGGAGGACGUGAACGUGAUAGGAGGCGAUCAAGAGAUCGUGAAAGAUCCGGUCGAUUCUGAGCCAUGCCAUUUUUACUCUUUACAUACUUUCCUGUUUCUCUUUUGAAGAGAUGUAAACUGCGAUGAAAGCUGACGAACAGAUGGCAGUUUCUUCACAAGACUUUUUCUGUCUUGGUUCAUUUGAAUCGCACAACAGCAACGUAUCUUAGGUUGUGCAUCCCUUGAGGAGUUAAAGGUUUAAUUGAAAUGUUGCUGGAACAUCUUGAGAGACUGUACAAUGUACUUGCAAUUUAAAUUCAUUCACGUCUGCUUUUAUUCAGCUUGUGACAUAGCAUGAAGUUUUGGGCAGUGGUCAUAUUUCUACAAGAUAAAAUUUAUGUACCUGAAACUACCUAAUACAAUACAGCUUUCUAACAUGACAGAGAAUUUACUAGCGCUUCCUUAAUUCUAAGAGUAUGGAACUUGCUAAAUGAUAGAUCUGCUCCUUAAUUAUUUAAAGUAAAUAAAUAAAAGGAAGGAUAAUAAAGGAUAUGAAAGUGUUGCACAGACAGACUUAACAAACCAGCUUCUCUGUCUCAAAAAUAAAUACAAGAUCAUUUUGCUCACUGUAACUUGGAGAUGGCAAAGAAAGAUAUUAAAAAGUGUUCAGUUCUGAAAGAAUAUAAUGUUGUCUUUUAGAGCUACAUUCUUGUACCAAUUUAAUUUCAAUUUAUUAUGUUUGUUCUGAGUGGCUUGACCAACCAGAUUGUGGAACUUACUCUGCCAGUAACUAUAAAAGGAAAAGUAUCUCUACAUGAAGACAGCUUCACUGUUUAUAUUUUGUUGCAGAUACAUGAAUUAUGAAUUCUUUUUCACUGGGAGAAGUUGAUCAGUGCCUAGAAUAGAUGGCUGAACUGAAACCUGUGAUAUAUCUGCUAGUAUUAGGAAUUUAACAUUGAUAACUUAGUUCUGGUUUAAAGGACAUUAAUCCAGUUCCAUUUCCUAAGUGAAUUUAGGAUUAUUAGUGAGCUAACUUAAUUUUCAAAAAGGUGACAAUAGCCACCAGUUUUUAAUACAGUAUCUAGUAUAAUGUGGUUACUACUUAAAAUGCUUAAGAUCUUUUUUCACAUGGGUUAUUGGCACAUGCUAGUUUGCUGUUUGUUCAUUUCAAACUAGUGUAAAUGUUUCUCUGUAAUGGCUUUCAUCUGUUUAUCUAGGCACUGCUAAGCAGCAAGUACAUUUUUUUUUUCGUGUGAACAGACAACAAAAAAUUGUUUUCCUCCCCCUUUUGUAACUGGAAGAUGUCUUAAAGGGCACUGAAAGCAAUGGAUUUUACUGGAUACUUGAAGGAAAACAACUCUUGAUUGUUACCUGGCAGUCUGGCUAGUGACAGCAUUCAGCAUAUAAACCAAGCUCACGAUACCGCUUCAGUUAUGUUCACCUUGAAGGAUGUAUGCUACCAAUAAAAUAAAUCAAAUCUGAAAUGUAAACUGCGCCAAUUUAGUUAAAUGUGGUAGUUCAAAAUGGAUUCGUUCACUGAUGUGAAGGUAGGGAAUCCUACCCACCCAUUCUAUUCUUAUUUACAGUAUGUUUAGAGUUGAUUUUUUUUUCCCCCCCUCCUCAUAAAGGUUCCUAUUUCUCACAAAUAUAUUGUUGUUGGCUCUUCUGUUAAACAGUGCAUCUUAAUUUAUGGAAUUCCUUUACCUCAAAUAAGUGACAGCAUACAGUAUUUUCUGAAGUCUGAGUCAAUUAGGUUGAAACUGUUAAUCCCAAGUGGCUUCCUCUUACUUGUAUUUGGCUCUUAUUCUGUGAAAAUGCUGCUUGUCCAUGAAUAUGAUGUAUGUUGAGACUGUAAAACCAAAUGGAGAAAUUUGUUCAAAAAUAAAGCCUUUUUUUAUAAGAA